AUGGCUUCAAAUACCGACGACUUGGAACCGCAAUCUCCUACAGCAGAAUCGUCAGCAAGAAGGAAAUCACCGCCUCCUGGAUCGAGCAAUCCGCCCAGGUCGAAGCGCGCCAAAUAUGCAGCAGCCGCUUGCGUAGAGUGCAAGAAACGAAAGCUCAAAUGCAUCAGGAACGAGAAUGAGGAAGAAUGCCAACGAUGUGUAUCAAGCGGCGUACAAUGUGUCUUUGGCGCGGCCCCGUCGCAAGACGGAAGCAUUGCGCCGAGAGAAAGGCCCAAGACUAACAGGAGACUCCCGCGAAAUAGGCCAUUCUUAACUCUUCUGGACAGUCUAUCAAGCGAGAUCAUCAUGGAUGAGAUCUCCUUGCUACGGGAACAGGUCGCUAGCCUAGCCAAUACCGUGGGCAAGCUGGCUUCGGACAAGACCCGCCAAACUUCAUCAAAUUCUCCCAGCUCCCAACGCCACAUGUCAAUACAUGACAUAUCCUCGCCGCAGGCCGGGCAAGAACCGAAGCAACCGCAGUUUGUCGGUCCUACAAGGUCCGCCUUUAGUCUGAAGGUUGCCGAGACAUCCCUCACAAGGAUGGGCAUCUCUGCGGAGACUCCACUCCCAGCUGGUGCGAGCGAGUCUCUCGCACCUACGCGGUACCCGACGCCCGAGCAGUCCGAGCCGGCACUCUCUGUUCCGGGUACCGAUGUCCUUCUGACACUGCCGCUGGAAGAGUUCGUCAGGUUGCUCGAGGUCUUUCAGGAGGAGGUCGAGACGGUGUAUCCAUUCCUGGAUACCGGAGAGCUUGUAUCCAAGGCCGCGGACAUUCGGGCCUUUGUGGACGAUUCCCUGGAUAGCACUGCAUCAGUGAGCUCAGAAACUGUGGAUAUCAAGGAUGUUGUUCUAGCAAAAGUCGCCGUGGCCACGAGCAUAUUGGUCGAAGUGCAUGGCAAGAACCAUGUCAGUAACAAGCUGGUCGAGCCAAUCAAGAACCUUAUAUACCAGCUUUCGAUCGACGCUCAAGCUGAUUUGAAAGUAAUUCAAAUCAUGACAAUGAUUAGCAUAUACUACUUCUUCUCCGACGAAGAACUACUAGCCUGGAGGAACAUUGGCAUUGCCGCUCGAGCAGCUCUGGAGAUGGGGUUACAUCAGAACCUGAGCCUCGUGGAGAACUUCCCAGAUGCACGAGAGCGUGCCUUGGCGGUGCGGGUGUUUUGGUGCGUCUAUGUGCUUGAUCGCCGGUGGAGUUUCGGGACGAGCCUCUCGUUCGCCUUGAUCGACCGGGAUAUCGACCCGCAUCUGCCUGAACCACCGGAAGAUUUCCCUUACCUCCGCUGUUUAAUCGGGUACGGACGGCUAUGCUCAAAAGCAUGGGAGGCGUUACCCCCCUUCAGCGCACCGUCACAGUCGAUCCCGAAGGACACUGUCGAAUUCCUCGACUUCACGGCGCAGAACUGGUCAAGGUCCAUCCCUAAUGACCUCCAGCUCCGCUACCUACGGGACGCAAACAUGCCCGUCGGGCAGCCGCGAGUGUUGAGACGACUACAGGCUCUGCUCUACCUACGCGGCAACCAUAUCCGCACGUUGAUACACCGGCAUCACGUCAUCAGCUCGGCCAGCAUCGAGGCCGAUCCGCAAAAGGCGCGCCUCGUCGUCGACAUGGCUAUAGACAGCAUAUCCGUCCUGGUCAACCUCAGCGAGACGAGCGACAUCUACAUGCGCCAGCAGAGCGCAUUCAACUACUUUCUGCUCAGUGCCCUUGCCGUAAUAUUCUUGGCCGUCUGCCAUGGCUCUCGCGUAUUUGCAGAGCCAUGCAGAGACAGUUUCCUGUCCGCAGUGGAACUUGUCAAGGGGAUAUCCCGCCAGGGGACGGCGAGUCGUAGAUUGUGGAAGAGUAUCCGCGGGCUGCUGCCCCUUGCUCAGCGGAUAGGGCUACGGGGAGACGAGAACACGAGCCGUCAGUCGCAGGAUGCGAGUUCGGGCGGUCGUGUGUAUGGCAUGGGCCCGAUGCUCAACGAGCAGCAAGGUAACGCUACGCCUACGUUGGGGCCGGAUUUUGGUGGUUUACAAUCUACGAGUUCAUUGGGACCGACGAGCUCUGGGGGCGUGGCGCCAGAUGCGUUUUCGCUCGGUAACGAUUUGAUGUUCCUUUUUGACGCGUUCGGGCAGGCGGACGAGCCCUGGCCGAAUGGGAUGCAGGAUUACCUGGGAAGUAAUGAGAACCAAGUUCCCAUGAUGGAUGAAGAGGAGAUUUCGCGGCAUUUUUGGGGGUUGAUUUGA